UAGCUGCUGCCUUUUCAAACAGCCAGCUGGAGGCUAGCUGCGUGGACCUGUCAUGGUGCUGAGGUGUCUCUACUGACGGAGGAGAUGGGGGACAACGAUGGAGAGGACGCGAGGGACACACCUGAGGACUCAGCUGAGGACACACCUGAGGACACGUAUGAGCUUCCUAUGGAGAUUAUCGUUUACAUCCUGAGUUUCCUUCAUGCGUCGGACAGGAAGGAGGCGUCGCUCGUCUGCCGCAGCUGGUACAGCGCCAGCCAGGACCUGCGCUUCCAGAGGAACGUCACCUUCUGCUUCCCGGCCUCCGCCUCCUCCCUGGAGCUGGUCCGGUCUCUGGGCAACAAGUCCUGCUGCAGCCUGAUAAUCAGCCAACUCGAUGGCUUCAGCAUGUCCAGAUCGCUGCUUCUGGAGGUGGGUCAGAGUCUGGGCUCCAAACUGGAGAGCUUGGCCCUGCCUGGGAGCAGCGUGACCGAGACCUCCCUGCUCGCCCUCCUCCCCUGCCUCACCUCCCUCCGCAGGCUGGACCUCAGGGGCCUGGACAGCCUCUUCAUGUCUGGAGCGUUCCUCUCCAGGGAGGAGCACCGACUGCAGGUCAGCUCUGCUCUGUGUGGCCUGGAGGAGCUGGACCUGUCCGACCUGCGCUACCUCUCCGACCUCACCUUCAAUCGGCUGACCAGCUGCACCCCCCGCCUCCGCCGCCUGUCGCUGGCCGGAUGCCACAUCGCUUUCGAGUUCGACCCGUAUCGGGGGUGCCCGGUGGGGGCCGUGGAGGACUCGUCUGCGUUACUGUCGCUGAGGAACUUGAAGCGUUUGUUGACGGAGCAGAGGUCCACACUCGUGGUUCUGGACCUCAGCAGAACCUCCAUCACGCCCGAGUCUCUACGCACUGUCGCACAGGUUCAGGGUCUGGUCUUGGAGGAGCUGUGCCUCCAGGGCUGUAAGGAGCUGACCAACUACUCCGUGGAGGCUCUGGUGAAGCACCAGCCGAGCCUUCAGAGACUGGACAUCAGCGGCUGCACUGAGCUGACCAGCAGGUCCGUGGAGGCUGUAGCUCAGGGCCUGAAGUCUCUGACGCACCUCUCCUUGUCCCGCGACUGGAGGAUCACUGAGAAAGGCCUCGCCGAGCUGCUGUCCGUGUCGACCCUGAAGAGUCUGGAUCUGUCCCAGUGUCUGCACGUCAGCGGCUCAGAGAUGGUGAAAGGCUUGAGGGAGUCUGGUGCUAGCAGAGCUCAGCUGGAGAAGCUCAGCCUCAAGAGCUGCACCUACAUCAGGGAUCUUGCAGUUUUCAAUCUCACCCAGCUUCUCGGGGAUACUCUCUGUGAGCUGGACCUGACCUCAUGCGUCAACGUGACAGACCUGUCUGUGCGCGCUAUCGCCACCUACCUGCACAGGCUGGUGGUCCUGAGGCUCGUGUGGUGUAAAGAAGUGACAGACUGGGGUUUGCUGGGGAUGGUGGAAACGACCAAGUGUGAACCUGAGGAGGAGACGGAAGACAAGGGUCCCAGGUUCACCCGAACCUUUGGCAACAUGGGCUUCUUCAAGCCGCCUCGUUUACCCUUUGAUGAGCGACCCAAGCUGGUGACACAGAACGACCUGGAGCAGUUCAAGCAGCAGGCCGGGGCGUCGCUGUUAGCUCUGAGCCGGCUGCAGGAGCUGGACCUCUCCGGCUGCUGCAAGCUCACUGACAGCAGCAUCACACAGGUGGUGCACCACCCGGACCUCCGACGUCUGUCUCUGUCCAUGCUGCCAGAGAUCAUUGACGACAGCUUGGUGUCGGUAGCCUGGCGCUGCCGCAGCCUCACCAGCCUGAGUCUCAGCAACUGCCCGGGCAUCAGCGACCGCGGGGUGGCAGAGGCUGCACCGUUCCUGCACAGACUCCAGCAUCUCUACCUCUCCGGUUGUAGUAAGAUCACGGACCGAUCCUUGUUCCACCUGGCGAAGCACUGCAAGCGUCUGAGGACUCUCGACAUCUCACGCUGCAAAAACAUUUCCAUAGCAACGAUGGACCUCCUCCAGUCCCAGUUUCCCUUCCUGGAGAAUGUCCAGUACAAAUUCAUAGGUGGGGCUGAUCCCACUCUGACACUCUGAGCGACCACUGGACAUUUCAAUAACAAAGAUUCUGCUCCGUGAUUGAGCUUCUGCACAUUUCAGCAAUUUGCACAAGAACUGAUGUAAGAGUUGAUUUAAGUUAUAAAUUAUCGGCCAGGAACAAACCAAUGAGGAAAACGUAAAGUUUGACUUGUGUAUAUGUUCUUGUAUGUUGCUUGGAUUCAAACCAUAGACUGUUUGUAAAAGAUGCAUCUCUAUUAUACGCAGAUGAUGUAAUUUGGCUCCAGUCUGCGGAGUAGCGAUUGAUGGAUGGAACAUUGUACCCUGUUUUUACAUUUUCAAAUAACUUAUUAACGAAAACACGGACAUCAUAUGGGGAGAACAACCUAAAAUCACAGAAACCAUCUUUGAAAAGAAUUUAUUCUAUGUUAAUCUUUGAGUUUUUAGUUUGACCCAUGCCUAUCUGCUACCGUGGCUGGGUUUAUGACCUAUACUGCAAUCGAACACCAGGGGGCGAUCAAGGCGCUCUGGGUUGCAAGAAGUAUCCAAAGAAAUCAAGAGAAAUCCUGUGAAGUGAAACAUAGCUCCUGAAGAAAGAAGAAAAUAUUCUCAGUGUCUAAUGUGAAUGAGAAUUGUUUUCUGGCACAUUUGUAUCGAGAUGGUAAAUUAAUUCCAUAUUUUCUGCUUGUUAUAUUGUAGAUUAAGAAGUUUAUUUUAACAUUCUUACUUAAUUAUUAAUAUAUGUAAUAAAGUGAAUAUAUAUUUACCUAUAUAGAAAACAUUUUACAUUUGAUUUGAUUUUGUUCAAUGUCAUUUCAAUGUUUUCUCUUUGACGUUGACCAAUUUUUUAAAAUUUUGCUUUGACUUGACUUGAAUUUAAAUGCCGACUCUUGUCCACUGUAGCUUCAACAACGUGCUUUUGAUUUUUCAACAACAACAAAGGUAGAAGUGUAGAUCAAAAUGUUGAUUUUUAUAAAUAAACCAUGAA